UAGAAACUCCAUCAUGUAUUUGGGUGGACUCACAGUAGAGGUAAAAUGGGAACCACAAGCAUACAUCACGGAGUACUCUUUAGGCACGGCUACAAACGAGGGUAGAUGGCUUACUUUUGUAAGACACGAAAGGUGAUCUUCCCACGCCUAGAGCAGAUCAUUGCAUGGCCUCUAGCGAAGAUGGACGUAUCGUCGUAAUAUUUGGAGGUAGAAUACCAGCUAAUAUGACUGCAACCCCUCCUACCAACUUUACGAGUACACUGUACGUCUUGAACGUUACUUCAUCCAUAUGGUCUCAGGAGAAGUCUGCACCGACACCAAGGCUCUAUACGGCCUGCAUCAUCAUUGGCAACCAAUUUAUCUCAUGGGGCGGCUACGAUGGCCUCAAUACCGUAUCUGCCACACCGAUGAUCUUUGACUUAACUAAGCGUCAGUGGACAAAGUCCUAUUCUCCACCAGACUACUAUGUAAAUGCAUCUCAUCCUUCCCCGAGGCAGCCCAAGUCGUCCCCCGCAGAGCCCUUCCUGCCCGUAUUGCCUUCACAAUCAGGGUCUGUAAAUAUGGUUGUCAUCCUUGGAGGCACAUUUGGUGCAUUGUUCGUAGUAGCUCUAGCGGGCAUCGUCUAUCUCUACAUGAAGAGGAAAUCCGAUCGACAACUGCAUGACUUAAAGACUCAGCAGGAACAAUCAAAAGAUGGAGCUCAAGCCUUUGCAAGCGGAAGUGAAAAACCAGACAUGAGCACAAACCCGAAUCAGCAGACCCCACCCCAUGCCUACGGCCGAAAUCCUCAUGCGGUAGUUCAAAAUAGUCAUAUCGUUGAGCGUCACCCUCAAGACGCUGUGGCUAUGGGUCUUGUACACGACUAUACACCUGUACAUGUACAUACUUUAAAUAAUCAGCACAGUCCUAUUCCCGUCAGACAUGACGCAACAACAAUACCCCCUUAUCCCCGCAUUACUACAGUGUCGGAGCCACCACGCCCGGAUACCAUCAUCAAUCAGCCAUAUACGCUACUACCACCGAUGGGGUUGCCGUCUCUGGACCUGCUCUUACAACAGCAGCAACAGUAAGCUACGUCCCAAAUGUGUUUAUUCCCACAGCCGCUAUAGCAAGCCCAGUCAUCUUUCAACCAAACUCUCAAUACAGCCAUUAUAGCCCAAACAAUCAAUACAGUAGCCAAUGGAAUGACUUCCCUACUAAUGAAAUGCAUGCAACUCAAAGAUCACCUAGUUCAUAUUUCUUAUCGUCUCAAGGAUCUUCUAGUCCGAGUCCAUCCAACGCUGCAUCCGACGUAACCAUCAUAUCUAACUCUUAGUAGGUGUACUUUUUGAUAGAAAGCAAUAAGUAGACUACAAAAAUAAAAUAAAAUAAACAAUAUUAUAAUUUAAGCAAC